AAAAAUAGAAAUAAAAAAGUAAUUCCAUCCCGCCCUCUUUUUCUCUUCUCCUUCUCUCGCCUCACGUAUACAGCCGCCAGUCCUCCUCCUUCAUCUUCGGCGAUCCUCCAGCAACAGACCCACGCUACUCUCCGGCGCCCACAGUGAACAGCGCAACUCCGACCAGCAAUCGCCGCCUUACCUACACGAUCGACGACAGUUUGCUCCUCUUCACCCUCGCAGACGGCGACCCACUGCGCACGACGGCGCAACAUUCUCCAGCACCGGCAGCACGAGCUGCUCCACAUUUGGAAUUCUUCUGAGGACUAAUCGAACUUAGAUUUGAAGGCGAAGUUGAGUAAAAAUAUUAUUCUCAAGGAUUUUCGAAUCUCAUUAGCAAACGUCUCUAGGUAGUUGAAGCUAGGUCGUUACAUGGUUUCACUGCACCUGCUCUCAAUUGUUCUGUGAGCUAUACUUGUGUGUGGAGAUACCAAGUUCUUUAGGAGUAGGUUUCGAUGGAGUCACUGUUAGAAUUGGAAGGAAUGCCGGCGGAGAAUGAAGAAGAGAAUUCGUCGUCUUACAGCCGCAAAUUGGUGCCCUGGUCAACUUGGAGCGAAUGGCUUUUCGUUAGUCACUCACUCUUCUCCGACUCUGUAGACUCCGUUGCCGCCGCUCUGAGCAGAAUAUCAACAUGGAGAAGCAGAGGAUGUCUUCCAGUUGUGGUUGAAGUUACAGCAUCAAUUAUCGAAAUCCAACAAAAAGAUCCCUACUUCAUAAAGAACCAAUCGGUGGAUGCUUCAGUUCGUGGUACAGAGGAACAAUUAAAUAAUGUUUCACUUUCAGAGGAAGCACUAGCCAUGUUAUAUUGUAUGGCCAUUAUGAGGCUUGUAAAUGGUGUUGUUGAGAAGACACGUAAGAAAACAGAGGUUUCAAUUGCUGUGGCAGCUGAUGCUAUUGGUUUACCUCGUAUGCUGAUUGAUAUUCGUCAUGAGGGCUCUCAUCGCGAACUUCCAUCUCUUCAGGUGGUUCGGUGUGCCUCAACCAAGGCGCUUUGUUGGUUGAAAUCUUAUUAUUGGGGACCUCAGGAGAGAGCUAUUCCAUUUCAAGGUGAUAUAAGCACUACCAUUCGAAAGGAAAUCAAAUCCAAACUUCGUCAUUUGGCUUUCAAUUUAAAAGUGAAGCAAAAUCCUCAACUUGAAUCUGCUCUGGUUAAGCCAAAACGUUUGAAGACAAAGGCUGCCGAGACACUGAAGGUUCUUAUUCAGUUAUAUUCCACAUUCUCUUCAGAAUUUGUAUCUGUAUUGUUGGGAUUCUUGUUAAAGGCAAUGACGUCAUCGGACUUGGCGUUUCCCAAAAAAUCCAAGAAAUCCAGCAGCCCUGUAUUGGAUGGAUGGAAGCUUACGAUUGCUAAGAUCUCAAAUAAGGAGCCGGAAUUGCUUUUAGAUCUGCUGCAGGCAGUUCUAGAGAAGAUCAAGACUCAAGAAGCCUUGGAAUAUGAAAAUCAGUACUCCAUGUCCUCAGCCCACAAAAUGGAUAGCUGUCAAGUAGCACAUCUGUCCUCUAUGUUUGCAUGGCUCGUUGACAAACUUAAGUGCAAAGAAGUUUUCUCUGGAAAACACACUCCAGAAGGUAUUCUUAUGGAGUUGCUACGUAAAUGCCUCGUGGUAUCAGCUCCUUACAACAAGCGGCUUAUGGAUUCAGCCACUGAUCUUGCACACUUGUUGGAUAACAGCUCUCUAGUGAAGAAACUGAAGAAACUACCAUUUCUCAAUCAACCAGUUUCACAUUUACUGGACGAAGAAAAUCCCAACCAAACCACGUCUGAAAACAGUUUCAACCAGGCCGAGUCGCUCCGCGAAGCAAGUCGGAAACUCGAGAUCAUUAAACUCCACAAAAGAAAGAACAACUUGGCGACGAACCCAGUAGAUGGUAAUGUUGGAAGUUCCAGCAGAUGGACUGUGGUAAGUUCGUGGACUCCAUGUCCCAUUGGUAUGUUGCCUCGUUCGAUUGGCUGUUCAGGUCGGCUCCCUGUUCUUGACCUCGAUUCCGAGAACAAACCAGGUUCGGAAGAGCUGAGAAGCAAAGAGAACUGUGAAAUCACCAACUGUUGCCACAAGAGGGAAGCCAGUUCUGAUAUUCAGCAUCUUGAUAGCUGUACUGUCAAGAAAAUGAAGGAAACAGAUGAUGUUGAGUCAGCUGAAGAUGUUAAAGGGCGUUUGUUGAUUGGUGGGAUAUGGAAGAAAGUUGGGGAACAAGAAUUAUCUGCCAUUCAGUCUGCGGUUAGGAUAUUAAUUUAAAUUCUUUCACAGUUGCUUAGAUUUUUGCUGUCAUCUCUGAUGUGAAAGCUUGUAGGAUAUCUACUUUCAUAUAGUUAUGCCCAGUAAGUUAUUUCGAGUCUCAUUCAUAU